AUGGCAUCUUCAGAGCAGAUCAAAGUGACGCAGGACCUGUUGGCGCGAGCGCACUCUCCCGACAGCGCAAACCGCAUCUACAGCGAAAAGAUCCAGUAUCGAACUCUCCAACUGAAGCCUACAUCUCCUCAACCUGCUGCUCUCAACGCCAGAGCAGCGCGUCACAAAGCUCGCCAACAGCAGAAGCUACGCGGGAAGCAGAGGCCAAAACCACUGUCAGCUCGGGAGCGUCGCACACUUGGACUCUACGACAUUCCAAAGGAAGGCCAAAAAUAUGAAAUCUAUGAACCGCUUAAAACGAUGUGGAUGGGCUACGCUUUGGAGAUUUUGGGCAACGACAUAUACACCGGCGGCUCACUGGCUGCUGCCAAGCUAGCCAGCGCUGAAUUCCACGGAGCAGAGGCCGAAGUGGUGAGAAGUCGGUGCCCAGGACGAGUGGGAACCAAGGGCAUCAUCGUUAGAGACCGCAAGUUUGUCGUUGAGCUGAUGACAAAGAAGAGAGGACUCAAAGUCAUACCCAAGGAAGGAACCACAUUCCGCGUGGAAGUCUGCGCCCCUCAACAGCCCAACGAUGGUACGGAGAAGACGUUUGCCUUUGAGGUGCUUGGCGACCAAAUGAUGCUCCGAUCUGCGGACCGAGCCAACAGGAAAUUCAAGUCACACUUUCUGAAGGAUGUAUAG